GGCGGGGCUGGGUUCGCCACGUGACUCCGCGGGGGGGGGACAGGAAGUGACGCUGAGCGGAAGCGGCGCCGCUGGUUGCCUGGCGGCCGGCAGUGAUGGCCGGGAAUGUGCGCUCCAGGGCCAAGCGGUACGAGAAGCUGGAUUUCCUGGGAGAGGGUCAGUUUGCUACUGUGUAUAAGGCAAAAGACAAGAUCACAAACAACAUUGUUGCCAUAAAGAAGAUUAAGGUUGGUCACAGAUCAGAAGCUAAAGAUGGUAUUAAUAGAACAGCCCUGAGAGAAAUCAAGUUACUACAAGAACUGAGCCACCCAAAUAUUAUAGGACUUCUUGAUGCAUUUGGCCAUAAAUCCAACAUCAGCCUCGUGUUUGACUUUAUGGAAACAGAUUUAGAGGUAAUAAUAAAAGAUACCAGCCUUGUGCUGUCACCUGCUAACAUAAAAGCAUAUAUGUUGAUGACACUUCAGGGUCUAGAAUAUCUUCACAUACACUGGAUUUUGCAUAGGGAUCUGAAACCCAACAACUUGUUAAUAGAUGAGAAUGGAAUUCUUAAACUUGCAGAUUUUGGAUUGGCCAAGUCCUUCGGAAGCCCCAAUCGAGUCUAUACACAUCAGGUAGUAACAAGAUGGUACAGAUCACCAGAGCUGCUGUUUGGAGCCAGGAUGUACGGUGUUGGAGUAGACAUGUGGGCAGUUGGAUGUAUUUUAGCAGAAUUGCUUCUUAGGACUCCAUUUUUACCUGGAGAUUCAGAUCUAGACCAGCUGACAAAAAUAUUUGAAGCUUUGGGUACCCCAACAGAGGAUCUUUGGCCUAGUAUGACUAACCUGCCAGAUUAUGUAUCAUUUAAAAGUUUUCCUGGAACACCACUUGAGCAUAUAUUCAGUGCAGCAGGGGAUGACCUGCUGGAAAUACUACAGGACUUAUUUACAUUUAAUCCCAGCACACGCAUCACCGCCUCACAGGCACUGAAGAAUAGGUACUUUAGUAACCGACCAGGACCAACCCCAGGACCCCAGUUACCCCGACCCAAUGCACCAACAGAAACCUUGAAAGAACAAGAUGUUAAAGCAGCUAUCAAGAGGAAGCGAACUGAAAAUACAGAGACAGGUGGCCUGGCUAAGAGGUUAAUUUUCUAACUCUUCCAAUGAUUGCUGCUGAAAAUAGAUCGAAAUGGAACCGAUAUGUGAGAAACCUAAUAUUGCAGUUACAUAUUGUAACACACAAGAACUGAACUACUAUGUACAAAGUACAGUGGAUUUAAAGUAUUGAUUGUAUACUUGUGAAUAAUGGUGCAUCUGUAUUUUUUCAAUAAAUGCUUCAAAAACGAA